AUCCAGCAACACCCUCCUCCCCGUAUGAGGAGGGAGGCGCACGGGAGCAGAAUCGAAACCUAACAUUCAUAAAGAGAGAUCCAGACUGGAAGAGAUCACACUCUACCAUCAGAGCUGAGAGCAGACAGGAGGAGAAGAGGACUGAGCUAGAUUACCAAACAGCAGCGAUCAUGAAAACUACCACGCACAAAUGGUUCUUCAGACAUCUCCUCUGUUUCCUGGUUGGGACUUUAGUUGACUCCUCUUCCCUCCCCUCGUCCACCCUCCCCCGGCCCGUCAACACCAAGGUGGGAGAGCAGGCGGUCCUUCCCUGCAGCUGGAAGACACGCCUGGGGGAGAGGGAGAUGGAACUGCCCGCCUGCCACAUCCAGUGGAAGAACCCGGCCAACACUGUGUUCGAGCAGCUUGGCCAGCGCAAGUUUGAGGCACCCGGGUUCGAAGGCCGGGUGGGGGUCCAGGAGGAGAUGCUGGGGUCCGGGGACUGUUCCCUGAUCAUCAGGGACGUUCAGAUUAUGGACAUGGGGAGAUACGAGAGCUUCAUGGUGGUGGACGGAGCGUGGUCCACCAAAACCCGGGUGUUCAUUCAGAGCGUCAAGCUGUUAGUGAGCGACCACAAGUCCCUUCAGACUCGUGCUCCAGGCGAGGACUUGGUUCUGGACCUGCACACCAGCCACUCUGUCAGAGUCAUUUUCCAGGGCAGGAACAGCUCUGAUUGGACGGACCUGUGGAUGAAGGACGAUGAAAACAGUCAGCGUUUGGAGAAACAUCCUCUGAAAGGGCAGCUGAUCAUUAAGAGUUUGAAGAUCUCGGAUGAAGGGCUGUACAAAGUCCUGGAUGAGCACGGCCUCUCUGUGAGCACCGUGAAGCUCUCCGUGGAAGGUGAGACACCCGCUUUACCUCCCGAGGGCGCCAACUCUCCCAAACUCUCCCAAACUCAAGACAAUCAACAAUCUACAGACGGAGCUUCUACACACAGUUUCUCCGCUCUUCUCCUCUUGUCUGUUCUCGUCACGACUUUCCAAAGUCUUCAUCUUUCCUGAGAAAAUGAAAUGAGCAAAACAACUGCUCGAUCGAAACAACUGCUUGCACACUUACUAACAGAGAUGAUAUGAUUGGACUGAAGCGUAUCGCCCCUGUGUUCCUGAACAUUAGCUGGGAUCAUUUCAGAAAUGAGCCAGGUGUGCUGUGAGUUUGGGGUGUCAGGACAAAAAGACGAUUGCUUUAAAGGAUGAUUACAUUUUUAAAUUCUGAAUCCUAAAUCCUUAACAUAUUCUGAAGUCUAACAGGAACAAAGGUUUUUAAAACUUUCUGCUAAUUGGCUUCUGGCAGCAGCAACAGCCCUGAGAUUUGUCCACUAAAAGAUGUUUUUGUCCCUGACAGGCUAAGGUAGUUAUUCUUAGUGACAUCAUGACAGAAAGGAUCCCUGCACAGAAAGACCUCGCCACAUGAGACAGCCGUUAGAUUGCUCUCUGUGGAUAUACCAGACUUCUACGGAGCCCCUGAAGUCCCACAAAGUUUGAAAAUAAAAAUCCUGUCCAACAAGUCAUCAUCUCAUAUCUGUGCACAAGAUAUUAUGUUGUGGAAAAAAGUUGUCUUGUGUGUAUAAGUUACCAUCUAACUUGUGCACUCUUUUUUCUUAACUUCUUGGGACUUCAGGGGCUCCGUAGUCUCUGUUGACAGAAUCCUCUUUCUAAGCUCACAUAACACCGGAGCCUCUCAUGUACUGCUGCAUGGAUAAAUCAGUGUGCUUAUGUUAUUGUGUUGUGUUGUAAAUGAUGCGAUCGAAUACAACACAAUAACGCAGGCAAACUAUUCCAUCUAUGUUGACGUGGGGUUCCUGUGUUCUUUGAGGUUAAAUGACCGUUUCUAUUGGUUAAGUCUGGUGGCUUUAAAGAGAGUCAUGUAACGUGAACAUCAUCUGCCUCUGUAACAGAAAGCUUUCUCUCUGCAUCCUCUCUGUAACGUAGUCACACACUUGGAGUAACAACCAGAGCCUGUCAGGGACAAAAACAACAACUUUGAAUGUCUGUGUAGCUUCUCAGUCAUCCAGGUCAUUGAAGCUUCAUCCAAAGGCAGCUGGACUGGUUGAAGAUCUCAACGACGAUUCUCCUCUCCUCCGCCAAAAGACUUCUUCCUGUAAUGCACCUUCGAGCACAUUAAAAGCGCCUAACAUCUUUACCUAAUACAAAUAUGAAUAUUUUUAAAUUUGAACCUGAGUCAAAACUUGAUAUUAGUCAUAUUUGGUAAAUCUGACUGCAACAAAUCCAUUUCAUCUCCCACACAUGUGAAGUCUUGACUAUGUACAGCGAGUGAUUAAGGUUUUCAUUUACAUUUAUAUCCCCUGGGAAGUGAUGAGGGCUUUCAUAAAAAUACUCUUUAAUGAUUAAAUUAAUAUUCAAGCUUUGUUUAUCCUGCUAAAUACAAACAUAUUUGUGAUCUUUGUGUCUACACGGCCACUGAGAUCAUUUAAUUUCCAUCUAAAGACAUUUGACAGCCAAUUAGCUUUCAGUUAGCUGUGAAGGUGGCUAAUUGUUUUGUUUUAUGUGGCUUGAUUUCUGCGUUUUGUUUAAUACAGUGAGGUUUGCAACACAAAUUUGAAAGUUUCAUACUUAAGACAUCCAAAAUGUUUGUAUCACAGUGAGUCAGAAUAUCAAAAAGCUAAGUUAGCUAGUAAGAACAAUGCUAACUUAGCUCUUUUGAUACUUGGUUCUUUGUUGUUUUUUAUGUUGAAAUGAGGCUCGAUGUCGAGUUUUUUUUUUUUUUCUGACAUUAAGGUCACACAAUUUUAGUUUGAUCUUGUAAAGAUGACUCCCGAAACUUUCAUGUUGUUUAAUAACGCACAGCAAUGUAAGCCAGGCAGGAAAAGGAAUUCUAAAGUUAGCUGUAACAGAAGCUAAGUGAAAUGUUUAAAGUUGUGAGUUGUAUUAAGUUCAGUUAAGUUUGUGACAAACUUGAAAAAAAUUCAAUAUUAUAAAGAUGACAUCCAAAAGUUUCGUAUUGUGAAUUCCAAUCAAAUUGUUGUGUUAGCUAGGAAGUAGCUUUGCUAACAUUAGCCGUAAUUGUAGCUAAUCUGUGAAAUUGUUUUAUUUUGGAAUGUGGCUCGAGUUUUCAGACUAGUCUUUACAGCGGGAGGAAAAUUAAACAUUUGUUUGUCAUAUUCACCUGAUGUAAAGAACUUAAAACCUUCAACUCAGACACGACAGCCCGUCAGCGUUUGAACGUCCCACCGUGAGUAUGAUGAAACAGAAAGACAAGAAAAUGGCUGCUGUGUGAUUGUAGCAAAUGCACAUAUAUACAUUUCUGAAGUUGUGUAUUUGUUGGCGUUUUACUGUUUGCAAUCUUCAAAAUAUUAAGUUUGCUCUGUCUCCAAUAUGAAAAUAUAUCCGUCUGUGCUUGUGGUGAAUGCUAACAGAAAGUCGGGUUAACGGUAAUUGUGUUUUUGGUAAUAUUAAAGUGAUAUCUAAAAGUG